UCAGCGAACUUGUGCCCGGGAUUGUAAACACACCCGUUUCACCCAAUUCACCAUCGUCCCAUUGCUGUUGAAGUCCAUUAAUCAUCAGCUACGUCCAGACUCAUUGUUUUUGAAGUAUAUUGGUGCAUAAGAAGUACAGCUUUUUGGAUUGACGUUAAAUUUUUUAAAGCCAUUCGGGCUUCUUGAGCCAUAUCUGUUUGGAAGGAAGGAGUUAUUCAAAUGCUUCUUCUCCUAUUUACAAGAAAAGAUGCCUUUCAGUAAUGAGAAACACUCCUCAAAUGAUGAAUCAUUGAACAGUGAUGCUGAAUCUUGUGAUCGGUCGGAUAGUGUCACUUCUUCCAGUGACUACGAAUAUGCUCGACAAAGCUUCAGUAGUGAUUCUUCCAGUAAACCGAGCUCUCCAGCCUCAAGCCCUCCGAAAAUGGUUUCUUUUGACAAUAUGAUAGAGACUGCAAAUGGGUUGUCAAAGCUGACACUGGCUCAUGAAAUAGUUAUGAAUCACAAUUUCCAAAUGAAGCCAAUUGAGCUACCACCACAGAGUUUACAGAGGAGGGUAAAAGAAAUAGUUCACAAAGCAUUCUGGGACUGUUUGGAGGCUCAGCUAAAGCAAGAUCCACCUGAAUAUGAACAUGCUCUCUUGCUUUUGGGAGAAAUUAAAGAGACACUGCUGACAUUUUUGAUACCUGGCCAAAAUAGACUCCGAAACCAGAUCUCUGAGGUCCUUGAUAUGGAUCUAAUUCGACAACAGGCUGAACACAAUGCUAUUGAUAUUCAUAAACUGGCUGACUAUAUAAUCACCUUGAUGGGCAAGUUUUGUGCCCCAGUUCGGGAUGAUGAAGUCAAAAAAUUAAAAUCGAUUACAGAAACCGUGCCGCUGUUCAGAGAGAUAUUUCGUGUUCUUGAUUUGAUGACUAUGGAUAUGGUCAACUUCACCAUUCAAUAUAUUCGGCCACACAUUCAACAGUGUUCUGUGGAUUAUGAGCGAAGCAAAUUUCAGGAUCUUCUCAACAAACAACCUGAUGCCCUUGAUCACACAACUCAGUGGCUUAAGGAGUCUAUUGCUGAAGUUUCAGCCUUGGGUCCCUCAGACACUUCCUGUGCCAGCAAUGGGAGCUCCAGUCUUUCUCUAAGUCCAUCUUCUGUGCUAAACAAUGCUUAUUUGAAAUUAUUGCAGUGGAAUUAUGGCAAUAAGCCAGUACCUGAGACUCUUUUGACUGAUCAAUCUCGUCUCCAAAAACUACAGCAAAGACUUAACCAGCAAAAACUUGUCGCCUAUCUGAUGCUGAUCAUCUGCAACUUCGGGGGAACAACACUCUCAAGCCUUCCAGGCUUCUGUGACAAAGUAAAGAGAAUUUUAGUUGCCUUGCUUGAAGACAUGAGUGAAAGAAAUUUCGAUCUUGAAGAAACACUUAAAACCAUAAGUGCAAGGGUAUGUUGUGAAGUAAACCAAGCCUUAGUCGAACAUGGAUACCCUGACCUUAACAAUGAAAGUCAAGCGAAUCUCACGGGGCAAAUCAGCAGCAUUGAAGAAGAACGAAACCCUGUUCGCACCUUAAUCAAUAACCGGAUUGAGCUAUACAUGAGAAAUUCGCUCAAUGUAGAGAAUCAUCAGAAGACUGUAUCUGUUGCUUUGGGAGGUCUGGAACCCAUACAAGCUGAACUGGAAGAGAUUGGAUCCCAAUAUGUCUCUAUUAUUAAAUAUAACAGACAGGUGUAUGGGCCAUUUUAUUCUGGCAUUCUGCGAAAAUUGCUUUUCAGUGAUCUUGCAUCAGCAGGCACAAUAACAUUGCCUUUCCCUUGAAAGAAGAAGGUUAAUAAGAGGGAGCAUGUCUGUUUUGUUUUUACUGUUUUAUGUUGCAUCUUCAUACAUUGGCUGUAGUGAAUGGUGUUAUCUGCAAAACACUUAAAUAUAUUUAGUUAAUUGCAAAUAUAUAACAUUUAUUAUUCUUCAGCAAAGCUGACAUAUAAAUUUAUUUAAUAAAAUCAUUUGAGCCUAAAAUUAUAAUGCAUUUGUACUAAGUAAUUCAGACGUUAUUUGGUAUUUUUAAAUUGGCUAUCACUAUUAACUCAUACCAUGAUUAUGAAAUUAUGUAGUAUUUUUUUAAAAUACUAAACUAGAACUUUUUUGGUAAUUGCAAUAGUGCCCUUUUAUCUCAUGGAAAUCAUAAUAUUGAUUGGGCAUAGUAGUUAGCAUAAUGCUGUUACAG